CGAAGAAGAAAAAAAAACCGGCGCUGAUUUUAAACUAGAAGCCAACAUCCGACAGGUGCGGCUCUGCACUGCCGAGAGUGGAUCAAGUCUGUGUUUCCUCCGACCUCGGGAGUGCUCUCUCUGUCCAUGCCACUCACGCUUUUGCAGCGAAUACAAUCGCACAGCCUCCAUAUCUAACAUCAAGGCCGCCAUGGAGUCUGCUGUGGUGAAAGUGAGCCAGCACUUCCACAGUCUAUGUUGCCAGGUGGACUCUCUCAGUCACACAAUUGAACCACAGUUUCUUCAAAUGGCUGUGAACUUUGAGGACUGCCGUAAGAAGUGGCAGCGGGCAGGCGAUGAGCUGCUUUCCUGCAAAGAGACGCUGGCUAAAGCGGAGACGGAGAGGGGCGCUCUGGAGGUCAGAUUGAAACAUGCACGCAACCAAGUAGAUGUGGAGAUCCGUCGCCGGCAGAAGGCCGAAGCGCUCUAUGAGAAGCUGGAGCGUCAGCUCCAGCUGAUCCGGGACCUGCUGAUCUCCGAGAACAACGGGAACAGUGUCCACCUGAGUGAGGAGCAGCGCUCUGCUUUGGCCUUCCUCAGCGCUCACUCCCAGGCUGCGCAGAACGCUAAAUCCAACAUUAACUCCAGCAGAAGGUUGAAUACAAUUGAUGAAUCAGCCUCUGUAUUGUCAGACAUCAGCUUUGAUCAAACCGACGAGUCUCUGGAAUGGGAUUCUUCUGUAAUGAAGACUGUAAGAUUGCAGAAACGUCAGAAACGACGAUCAUCCAGAAAACUGGAGCUUCCUCUACAGAUGCUGAAGAAACCUCGCUCCACUGGACGCCCGUCAGACAGAAUGAAUGAGUCCAUAAUUGCCAAAACCACCAUCACUUUGCCCGUGAAUGGCGGCGCUGUGGAGGCGGUCUCCACUGUUGAAAGAGUCCAAUACUGCACACGCAGCAGGAAGAGUGUUGCUCAAGCCUUGCCUGAAACAACCUCUAUUGAACUAUCGGAGACCAACAGUGAAGCCACACCAGCCUCACAUCUCCCCACCCUACUGAAAACCCCCAAAGCCAAAGCGGGAGGGAAGCAACAUCAGUUUGUCAGCAAAACUGUGAUCAAAUCAGAGUUCUGUGCACCAUGUGGAAGGAGGACCAAGUUCGGCAAGAUAUAUCUCCGCUGUCAGGAUUGCAGGGUGGUGACCCAUCCCGAGUGUCGUGACGCUUGCCCCCUUCCUUGUAAUCCUGUAGCCGUCAACACUCCCGUCGGGACCGCAGAGAGCACCCUGGACGACUUUGCCCCUGUCACCUCUCCGAGGAUCCCAGCUUUGGUCAUCUACUGCAUCAAAGAGAUCGAACACAGGGGGCUUCAUGAGGUUGGCCUGUACAGAAUCUCUGGCCAGGAGCGUCAGGUGAAAGAUCUGAAAGAGAAGCUGAUAAGGGGGAAGACCCUGCCGCCACUUAGCAAAGUAGAAGACAUCAAUGUCAUCACAGGCGUUCUCAAAGACUUCCUCAGGAACCUCCCGGAGCCACUGCUCACCUUCCGCCUGACCAAAGCCUUCAUGGAGGCAGCCGAAAUCCAGGAUGAAGGUAACAGUCUUGCCAUGUUGUACCAGACCAUCAGCGGGCUCCCUCAACCCAACCGAGACACUCUGGCCUGCCUGAUGAUUCACCUCCAGAAGGUGUCUAAAAGUGUGGACACAAAGAUGGACGUGACAAACCUGGCCAGGGUGUUUGGACCUACCCUUGUGGGCCAUGCCAUUCCCAACCCGGACCCCAUGACUAUCUUAAAUGACACUCCCAAACAACCAAGAGUAGUUGAACGCUUUCUCAGUAUCCCGGCAAGCUACUGGGGCCAGUAUGCUUAUCCAGAUAAUCUCGAGUCCGACAAUGCUCACCUGACUGAGACGCCGAAUCUCAGAGUAAGUAUUCUAGGACCAGUGACCACUCCUGAGCACCAGAUGAUGAACAAGACCCCCUCCUCCAGCUCACUGUCACAACGUAUGAUGCAGACCCUCUCCAGCACAACCCUAUUCACAAGCAAGAGCAAAGGAUCUGCUAACGCCCGCGGAAACUUUUUCGAGUCUCCACAGCUGAAUUAACUGGAAUCGAGCGAAACGCUCAUAAUGUUUGAUGUGCUGCAAUAAUAAGCUCCGUUUCUACGCCAGAUACGAGUAAAACUAAUGUGCAAUUUCUGCAUGAUUAAUGUACUUUUCCACUUUUUUUUUUUUUUUUCUAACCCAAGACAAUCCGUGCACAUGAAGAAUAUUUAUAUCUGUGAUUACUAAUCAGUUUCUGGACCAAAACUAUGCUAUCUCCUAAGAUGUUCUUUAAGCAGUGUGAGUGCUUUGAUGACCAAGCAACCACACAGUCCACCAUCCUAAGUAUCUCGUCUUGUGUGCUGGACAAUUACCAUCCUCCACGGAGGAAUCUGUGGUUGUUACCACAGCAUCCGUGAUGGCAAUUAUGGGAGACGGCACUGGGCAGAAGGGAGAAAUAAAAGGGAGAAGGCGUCGGAUGCUCGGUCAUUGUGCUGGAACACAUUUUAAUGGCUUUCAGAUGACAUAUUCACUGUGUAGUAAGGCAUUUUAGCAAUGUAUUUAAUGACACUUGGGAAUGACGCAGUAUUUUUGCACUGUAUCUGCAACACUGACUAGAGCUUUGCUAUGACUACUCACCACUAGAGGCUGCUGUUGUAUUACUAUUAAUAUGCAGUUCAUACAUUGUAACACUAACACAUCUUAGCAAGCCCUCUAUGAUUCUUCUAAUUGAAAAUGGGGCACAGCAAUAUCACUUUUUACACUACUGUUUCUAAAAGUAUUUUAUAGGUUUUAUGCCGACCUGUGCCUUUUUUCCUGUUCUAUGGUUUUCAAAUGAAACGUUAUUUUUUAUCCCUUCAGUUUGAUAUUUUUUUGGCUACAUUUCCUUCCUUUUUCAAGAGCCUUAACUGGUUGAAUGAGGUGUUGGAUCAGGGACCAACUAUCUGAUAAAGCCACAUACCUUGAUCUUUUCAAUUGGAUUCCACUGGAGCUCAAAAACACAAAAUUGUGCUAAAAAUAAAGCAUCAAAUGGUUUCUUUUUGUUGGUGUUCAUUGAUUUUGAUGGCAUUUUGAGGUGAAACGGGCAGGUUUUACGUCCCUCUCCAAACCUGGCCCUUUCAACACUGCAAAAAGUCAGUGUUCAAAAACAAGAAAAAGAAAUACAAAAAUUAAGGGAAUUUUACUUGUACUAAGCAAAAUUAUCUGCCAAAAGAACAAGAAAAUUUGGCUUGUCAAGACUUUACAAAACAAGUAAAAUUAGCUAACCUCAAUGAACCCAAAAAUACCUUAAAAUAAGUAUAUUCUCACUAAUAAGUGCACUUUUGUUGGUAGAAAAAAAGAGACCUUUUUGCUCAAUAUGUUGAAAAAUAUUCUUAAAUGAAGUAAAUGCUAGUGCCGUUAUCUUGACAUAAUGAUAUGCGCUCGGCAUUACAUUUCUUGAAACCAGCAAGCUUAUACUAAAAACUAAUUUAUUGUUCUUAAUGGAAAGGCAACAAGGCAAGCGCUUGUUACUCUCGGGGUCUCCUAGCCACUCAGGCAAAUCCUAUUGUCUAAAAAUGCAUUUUUCCAUGGAUAACAUGACAUCAUCGCGCCAAGUGCGUGCUCUUUCAGUCAAUUAGUGCGCAUAUAUACAGCCCGGCCCCCGGCCUAAACAUUUUUAAUUGUAAUUUUGAAGAAUUUAUUUUUGUUAGAAAUGUCACAUGGUAAAUGUUUAAAUAUCAGUUUACUGUACUGUGCCAACUGUACUACUAUAUGAGUAUGUAUGUUCUAUUGUUUCAUUGAAAAUAAAACAGCAAAGUC